CUAACUUGUCUUCUCUGUUUCUUUUCUUCCCGGCACCGUUGUCUGAAUUUCUGCCUCUGGUUUUUUUGUCCUUCCUGGUUUAACCCCAGCAGGUACCGAAAACAAACGGUGUGGAUAUGCCUCAUAGCGACGACCGACUCGACACUCUGACCGAAGCAGUCGACGUCGACGUCGCAACGUCUUCGUCGACACAGGUGACACUUUCCACGAACAUCCAAAGACAAGAAGAAAAUCUGGGCCUGCUGGAGCAGCAUCAAGACGAAGCUGAUCAAUUCACAGCAUAUGCUUCUCUGUUCAGCUCGUAUCCUCUCUUACGAUCGUGGUCCACGGCGAACGACUCGGCAGCGAGGACUUCUGAGCAAACACCUUCUCUCAAGACAUGGCCUUCGGCCAGGGCACUAAGUUCGAACACAUCUACUUCUCUUUCUUCUAUCACUUCAUUCUCUUCUUUUUCCACCAUGCCACGUUCACGCAGUUCUUCAGCUUCCUCCAUCCAUUCAGAUAUGCACAUUCAUAGACUUCUGCCUGCUCCAGACCUGAGACUACUGAAAACAGCUACAGCUACCAAACUACUGGAUCCAUCUAAACGGAUUUGCCAGUAUGAGAUUCCCGGAGGGGGGGUAUGUCGGGAUGCAGGAUGCGAAGAUAUACAUCCAAGUCGUUUGAAUAACCAGCAAUCUUCACCGGGACAGAGUAUGGAUCCAAGUGGUGAGUGGUUCGCGUCUUACACUCCUGUUGGCUCACGGGACGGGGUCGUAGAUGCAGAUACUGCCGCGUACCUGCGCGCAGUGGUAGCCCUGCCAUUAGGUGUUGACGUUAGCAAGAUUGUUGGCAUCCUUGAGAAACUUCGGCUUGAGCAUCCUACUAUGGUGUUCGAUGAACGUGUUUCCCGGACAUUGGAGAUCUUAUCGACGCAACCGCCGUAAUUUGGAUGAAUGACUUUUUGUCUAGGCCAGCGGCAUAAUGCCCCGGAUGUGCGGAU